AUGGGGGUGAAGCAUGCAAUAAAAAUCAAGAAAGUUGCAAACAUCUUGGACAAAAAGGGCUCAAAGAGGGCGAAUCCAGAGGACACACUAGAUCUUGACGAAAACCCGAGAAACACAGAGAGGUUUCUUCUGAAGCAUACCCUCCGGCCGCCAUAUAGCAUCAUCCUCGACACAAACUUCAUCAAUGACUGUAUAAGAAAGAAAUGCGAUAUCAGAGAGCAACUGAUGAAAGUAGUAAAUGCAAGCAUUAAGAUGUGUGUCCCAGAGUGUGUUGUCGGCGAGCUGGAGAAGCUGGGAAGGCCCUUCCGUGUUGCACUUGCAUUGAUCAGAGGCAACGAUGUCGAAAGACUCAAGUGCGAUCACAAGGGAACUUAUGCUGAUGACUGCAUCUUCAAUAGGGUCUCUGCACAUAGAUGUUACAUUGUUGCAACCUCAGAUACAGCGCUAAGGCAAAAAAUAAAGACAAUUCCUGGCGUGCCAUUGAUAACAUACAGAGGACAGAGAUGCUUUAUUGAAAGAUUCAUCCUUGCAGCUCUCUAG